AUCAGGCUUUAAAAUUUAGUCUCAUUUGGUUAUCGAGAAAAUUUUCAUAAAUACAUGGCAUCUCUGCUAACGCAUAGUGCAUGUUUUUCUUUCGUCGUAGUCGGUUUUCAAUUUGCUGAAGUGAACCCCGUACGCAAUUCCCGGAAAAUCUAAGCUUUAUUCAAUUGCCACAGCUGUGCAAUAUUCACCCAGUUCGUCGCUACUUUAAUCCCAAAUUCUAAACGUGUGAUAUUCAUUUAACUUUUGUGAGAAGGUACUCAGAGGCAGCCGAAGGCUGAGUCAAAAGUAGUAGACAUGGCAAAAAUGGCGUUUCAACACCAAGCGGGUACCGCGAUGGAGUGCCUAAGCAUCCCUAUAACAUUGCACAAAGAGAAAGAUGUGGAUGAGGAAGGUCGAGAGGUUCUUAAAUGCGGCUUCAAAAUCGGAGGUGGAAUAGAUCAGGACUUCAAAAAGAGUCCUCAAGGCUAUACGGAUUAUGGAAUUUACGUAACGGAGGUUCAUGAGGGUAGUCCUGCCGCCAGGUCGGGCCUGCGGAUGCAUGAUAAGAUUUUACAGUGCAACGGAUAUGAUUUCACUAUGGUCACGCAUAAGAAAGCAGUAAGCUAUAUUAGGAAAAAUCCUGUGCUAAAUUUGUUAGUCGCACGCAAAGGAGUUACCUCUACUUAAUUUUUUCUGUUUUUUGGAUAUGGAGAAAAGUGAUUUGUUAUUGUAAGUAUUGUAGACAGUGGGAUGAUAUUGGGUUCGCUAGGGAAAUUAUUUGUACUGAUGCUACUUUUCGCAGUUAAGUUGAAUGUCCUAAAAGUAAUGUUAGAUGAUUCAUAAAUCAGUACAUGGCGCAUUUUAGUGGCAGUGAUAUAGUUAAGGGUUAAUGCAGUGCUGCCAAAUUCCAUCCAUAUACUGUGGUUUUCGCAGACUUUAACGUUGUUUAUAAUAGUAUGUAGUAUCACUUUUAUUUACGAUGUGUUGAGCGAAAUAACCUUAACCAUUAGCAACGAAGUGCAGUGCUUUGAGUAGGCAACCUCUAUUGCUGCCUUUCAUUUUGUUGCAUUGGUACUAGUAGAGUUACGUAACAUUACAUUAAGUUUUAUACAGGUAGUAGACAUAAUGUGUGCGUAUAUUACACAAGCUUAUUUUUUAAUGAAAAUAAAUUAUA